AUGGCCUCGGCGCGAGUCCAGAUCGCCUGUCUCAUCGUCGGCCUCGUCAUCGGCUUCGGGGCUCUCUUUUGGUAUAGCCGCCAGCAGCUGCAGGAAUUUGUCAGUGGCCUCGACAAGUGGAGGAGGGACCAGCGAGAGGCCGCUCCGCCCGACUCUGAAGCUGGCAAUACUACCGCUGCUACGCGCAGCGAUUAA